AUGGCGACUGACAGCGCAGAUUCGGCAGGUGUGCGCUGGCCUUACCUGACCGAGCGGCUGGAGCAGCACCAGGGUGGCAUAAAUUGCCUGUCGCUGAGCGAGGACCACUCGUUGCUCGUGUCUGGCAGUGAGGACGGCCGCGUGCUCAUGUGGAGCAGCCAGUCGACGCCCGUUGAACUCCUGGGCACGCUGAGCGGCCACGCGGGCUACGUCACGCACUGCACGGUCCACGGAAACUUCGUGCUCACCGGUUCUGCCGACGGCACGCUGCGCAAGUGGUCCAUCGUAGACGCUAAGUGUGUUCACAUCUUCGUCGGCCAUGGCGCCCGAGUCAACCGAGUGCUGUGCACGGGUGACCUGGUACUCAGCACGUCACAUGACAAGACAGCGCGGGCAUGGCGCUUUUACGCUGACCUGGAUGAACAGGAAAUGGAAGAGCAACGGCUGCUGCGUCAAGUUGCAAGUAGUGGCCGCAGCAGUACGCGUAGCAGCGCCACAAAGAAGCGGCCAGACAGCCAGGCAAGCAACGUGCCGAAAGACUCCGGAGGGGACGACACUUCGACGUCCUCAGGAUUCUCGGAGGGAGCCGACUCCAGAUCACGAACUCGCAAAGUCGAUGACCGCAUCACCGUCUUUCGAGGAUGUGGGCGCACUCCAGCGCUUGGCGGCGAGUCACAGGGCCGUCUGACGAGGCAGCGCACGGAUGAGGGGGCACGGUCCCUUGGCAUGUCUACCACCACAGCGGAGGCAGUGUUCGUCAUGCGUGCAGGUCGCCGUGGCAUGGACGAAGUGACCGCAGCGAGCGCAUCGAAGGGGCCGCGGCUGUCGAGGGUGGACCGGCCUAUGGAGUUUGGGCAGGGACACCACCGGCUGUACCGUGGUGCCCUGCAAUGUGGUCGUGAGGCACCUGCCUCGUCGGAUACAGGAGACGACAGGGAUAGCAGAAACGAGGUUGACCGCGAUGUCAGCCGAGUCGAGGGCUGCGUCGACGCCGGUCACACGAAGAGCGUCUUCCCGGUGAUCUUCGUCCCAUCCGAUGGGCUCUCAGAUUCUGAUCCCGAGGAUAUCGUUGUCACGGGAUCCCACGACUGCACGGCUCGAACCUGGGGCCUUUUCUCUGGUGAUUGCUUAAAGAUUCUACGUGGCCACACAGCGCCCAUCAACGCCAUGGAAGUGGAUGCUGACGGAGUCUACGUGUUCACGGGUGGCGGUGAUGGCGUAAUCAGGAGUUGGCACGUUCGCAGCGGUGAAUGCCAGCACGUGCUCACUGGACACCAGGGACCCAUUGUUUGCUUGCUCGCGCACAGCAAGAUGCUUUAUUCCGGCAGCUCGGACAGCACCGCCCGAGCGUGGGUCAUGGAGUUCGGCGAAUGCACCCGCGUCUACCGGGGCCACCAGCACACGGUUGACUGCCUCUGCUACCACGACCGAAUGCUGUACACAGGCUCCGGAGACAAGGUUGCCCGCAUGUUCGAAGCCAAAUCGGGCACGCUGAAGCGCUCUUUUCGAGGCCAUGAGCAUGGCGUCGUCUGUAUUCAGGUGGUGAAGGGCAAACUGUUCACCGGUUCGUACGACGGCAGCCUUUUUGUGUGGGACACGACGGGAGUGGUGGACGAGACGGUGUUCGGCGACGAGGUUCUCCCCGAAGAGGACGAAAGUGAACUGCCCGACGACAGCGAUGAGGUGAAAAGGGCCGUCAGCUUUCUGGAGCCUUUCAUCCACGAAGGCUGACUUCGUCGACCCAUGCAUCAAUAUCGAUGUCGGCAUUUCGAUCCAGCCAGAUGCCGCUAU